CGUGAUAAUUCAACGGUGGAGUUGGCAGUGGUUGCUAACGUGCGCCGCCGCCACGUCGUCCCGGUUCCCUAGACUUCACCGAUCAUCACCACUCUCACUCGUGUUGACGCAUCACCACACUUGUGGCUCACGUUAGACCCUUCCCUCGUUAAUGCCUUGAUCACGGGAGUUCAACGGUAUUAUAUAAAAAGAGUGGCAAUUAAACUGGAACCAUUCUUGUCUGGGGUUCUUUCCGGCCGGCCGUUUUCCAUCUUCAAAUCUUGGUAAAACCCAUCAAGAUUUUCCUCCAAAGCUAAUCAAACCAAAGUAUUGGAGCCAUGGGAACUGCUGACUUUGCUGUUGGCAAUGUGUAUGCUAACAAUCUUGAGUCAGAACAUGAAGAAGUCUCAUCAAGUGGAGAGCGCAUCCAAGAGAUGCAGAGCACUAUGAUUCUUUUAAACAGGGCUGAUAUGGACUUGGCAUAUUCUUCUGAGAAAUUGGCAAACUUGCAUGUACUUUUGAUGCUCCUUUUGGGAUGGGAUGAUGAUCCUGAAGUUAUGAGCUUGGAGAACAAUGAUAUGUCAGCUAAAUUCAUUGAAAACGCAUUGGUAUUUGAUCUUUUGUCUGGAAUUUUAGACUCUGAGUUAAGAGAAGUGGAAAGUUUCUUGGAUACACUAAAAGAGGAAAUUGUUGAUGCCCGUCAUAAAAUAUCUUCAGGCAGACAUUUUAGAGAACUAUUCCUUAUAAUGGGAGAGAAGUUGCGUGAUUCUGAAGAAUCUUUGAGACAAUGUCAAGAGCGGGUCUUGGAAGUGAAAAUGCACUUAAUCAAGUUUCAGAGAUCCAUUUCAUAUUUCAGGCCUGCAAACUGUAACAAUGAUGAGGCCUUGGAUAUAUCAGCCAAUGCUCUACCAUCAGAUAUCAACGGAAAGUUAAAGGAGCAGACUGCUGAACAGCAGAGAUAUAUUCUACGGAUGCUGGAGAAAUCUCUUGCAAGAGAGCUAGACCUUGAGAAGAAAUUAUCAGUAUUAGGACAAAAUGAAGAACAGGUGAAGCUGAAGCUACAUUACACUGAACAGGUAGCUUCUCGCAUGGAAGAAGCGGCAGAAGUUGUUUGGGGAAGAUUUUUGGAGGCAGAUAAUGCUGCUGAGGUACUCAUGGGGAUUUCAAAGGAAUUGCUUGGUCGACUUCAGGUUGCUCAGUUUAAUUUAAAUGGCUCAAUCCAACGAGAAGCUGAGCUUAAAUCUAAAUUUCAGGUUUGCAUGGAGGAGUUGAAUGCCAAAAACCUUGUGUUACAGAAGCUUGAAAGCAGCAAUGUGGAACAAGUUGCGAUAGUUUCUGAAGUAUUUGAUUUGAGGGAAAAAGUGAUAUUACUUGAGGAACAAUUGAAACAGUCUGAAUUCCAGCUGAAGGAUGCAAGUGACUGCAAUGAAGUAAGUCAAGAGCAGCUUCAUGAAAUGGAAAGUGUUAUUGAGUCACUGAAAGAUAACAUUUAUGAAGCAGAAAGUAGGGCUGAAAGUGCACAAGCCAAGGUUACUGAGUUAACAGAUGCAAACUUGGAGCUUAAUGAAGAGUUGAAUCUUCUUAAAAGUAACGAUGAGAACAAGACAAAUAAGGUGGCCUCACUUGAGAAGCAAUCGCAUGAGUUGGAGAAUCAACUACAGCAUGCAAAGGCAUCUUCUGAAGCAAGUCAAGAGCAGAUGAAUAUGUUAUACUCUGCAAUUUUGGAUAUGGAAACAUUAAUAUCAGAUCUAAAUUCAAAAGUUUCAAAAGCUGAAAGUAAAACCGAGGAGGUAGAGGAGCAGUGUAUAGAAUUAUCUGAAUCCAAUUUCACACUUAAUGAAGAAAUUAGCAUCCUGAGGGGCAAAAUUCAAUGCUUGGAGGCAUCCUUGGACCAAGCCAAUGAUGCAAAAGAAGCAAGAGCUAAGGAAAUUAAUCACAGGACCAAGAUAAUCAUGGACAUGGUUCUGAAACUAUCCACAGAAAGAGAGCGCAUCCAGAAGCAGCUGUGUUCAGUGACAAACGAGAAUGAACUAUUGAUGGAAAAGUUACAGAGUGUAGAAAGAAAAAAUACGUCCAGAACUAUGUGUGAUAUAGAAGAUGCUGAUGACAAAGGGUUGCUGUUUUCCAAGGAUGAUUCAACUAAAGCUACCCACUCAAAAAUGUGUAAUGAAGCAGUCUCCUCAGCAACAACUGCACAGGCAGGUGGAUGAAUCAUCAGAAGAUGCAUCAUUCUGUAAAACCAAUGUUGAGUCUGCCGUUUCCAUAAAAGAUUCAAAUAACAAUGCUGUGAAGGAAAUGGAGAGAGGCCACCUUAAACUCCCACUCACUUUUAUGGCAAUUCUGGUUGUCCUAUUGUCUGCAUUAUCAGCUUAUUUGUUGAACAAGAAUCACAUCUUCUUUGAUUAUUUUGGAUAGCCAAGCUUCUUCAUUACAUUAAAUUUGUGUGUUUGUGGGCACAAAUUGUGCCCCAUCAUGUAUAUACCUUCUUUUGUUUGAUUCAUUCGUGUGAUUCAUCUUGUAUAUUAACUUGGACAUGAUAUUUUAUUUGAUUUCAUUAUUUAUAAGAUAUCAUGUAUGCAUAUUUUUUAUGUUUUAUGUGCAAAGCACUUGUUCUCACUAAUCCUCGCACUCAUUAUUGAGAAAAAAAAUAAAAAAUUUCUUUGAAC